GUUUGACUGUUAACGUUCAACGUGGUCCACAUGCUUUCACGUAACCAUAGUCUUUUGAAACACCGCGCAAGCAGCCCCUACCAUGAGGGUGCACACCCCGUUCCGCAGCCACCUGCUGUGGAUCUGUUGGUGAGUUCCUUAAAGAGCAGCUUGCCGUACUUCUUGUACAUGGACACUACACCACCCUGCCGAUAAAUCUCCUCCUGCAUGCAAUCACGUACACAAGACAUACCCACGUAAUGCAGACACGCCGACAUCUACCAGCUCAGUGUGUCGGCACCUGUAUUUCCGGAAAGUCAAAUCUGAACGACUUGCCCUGCACAGUGACGGUGCGAUUGGGCACAUCUACGGUGAUAGCUGCGUUCUCACAUGCAAGCUGCACACAGACACCCACGCAAUCGAUCCAUGCGUCAUGAUGUGUACCUGUCACGGAUGUGCGCCUGUCAGGAUGGCUCACCGUGUAGAAUUCGUCAUCGUCGAUGUUGAUGCCCAGCAGGUCGAGGGACAAUAGGUUGCGCCCGAAGAUGAAGGAGAACGACUUGGCGAUCACCGUCUGCACCCCACACCAACGCAGGCAACUCACCGCCUCCUCGCGAGAGGACCCACAUCCGAACCUUAAACAAACCCAAGAUGAGAAACGUGAUGUCCGUUCCAUGUAGCAGCCAUUCGCCUUAUCUGCCUUUUCUGUGUAGUUGUUACCGACCCUUUUCCGGCGACGACGAUGUUCUGUCCCUGUUUGACCCUCUCGACGAAUUCGGGUCUGUCUAUGCAGAAGGACUUGUCGCCGAGGGCAGCGUCUCGCAAGGGGAUGUAUUGGGCAGGGAUGAUAGCGUCAGUGUCCACACUGUCACCGAAUACUUGGGCACGACCCUCAAUCACCCCUAGCUGCUUCACCUCGCCUAGAUCCACUGGACACACAGACACGCGGAAACACAUGGAUACAGGCCGGCUACACGUGUCGUGUGGUCAUCCUCUCACUUGCAGCUUGCAUUUGAGAGGAGUCUUCCUGCGGGUUGGCGAGCGAAGGCUGCGGUUCGACGACAUUCAGAGGCCCCUAAAGGGUAAUGAAACACAUCCCAUCCCAUGUCUCAUGUCCGAGCGCGAUAGUGCCAUUCUCGGUCACUCAGUCAACUUACCUCAGUUCGUUGUAUGGCGAGCAGCGAGUCGAACCGUUGCUGGUCAAUGGCUUCCAGGAAAGGCAUUGGGUCCGUAAUCUCCAUGUUGAAGCUGGAGGCCGCCACAACCGCCGCCGACGUGAUGUUCCCGAUCGCACCCUUCCCCAUGCGGUUCCUGACAGAGACACAGCAAUUUAUGGGGAUGUGAGUGUCUUACGGCGUAUUUUCGUGCGGCAUGCCUGAAGUUUCUGUUCUGGCUGGAUAGCCAUAUCUCUUUUUCUUGAGCGCGGUCCACAGACACACCCAGGCAAUACGAACAGCCAGCAGCGCCGAUUGUGAAACCAGCCCUUAUGAAUAGACAAUCAAACAUACACACGAUCUUCAGCGGCUUGCUGUCAGCCGCUUACUUUCUGUAUAUGUCGCAGAUGCCCAGCCGCUCCAGAUUUCGGAUCAUGAUAGAAGAGCCGGGAGUCACCUAAAAUUGUACAAAGACACACGUUGAGAAAAAUUUUCCAAAGUGCGAAGUGACCCACUUGUCUCUUGUAUGGUUUGUUGUCUCUUUGUUUCGGUGACAGUCCAAACUUGUCCAUGGCGACCUCGAGCACGAGCCCUGCGAGGAUGAUUUCGCUCUCCGUGGUGGUGCAUGCGCCGAUGAAACACCCGUCCAGAUAACGAAUAGUGUCGCACACCUGCAACAAGCGCGCGGGAAAGUCGAUCCUGGUCUCUUAUCUUGUCUCCUGCGUUUCAGCUCACCUUCUUCCCGUUGUCUGGGUCGAUGAGGGGCUCAUACAGCUUCGGGUCAUCGAGAGAGAACACAUUGUCGGGCUCCGGCCACAUCGCAACUGACACAAGGAAAACCAAUGUGGCGCUGUGGGAUGGCGCGAGUGUCAGCGUGCGCUGACCUGAUGGUCUGACAUCGUUUAGGCUGAGUGUCAGUCGCUUGUAGUACUGGGCGUCCAAGUCGGCGCGGAGAUACACGGGGGCCUCGUCACGACCGACGCGCUUCGGACGCUUCUGGAUAAACGCCUGAUAGAACAAGGCAGACACAGGAGGUGGCCUGUGCAUGGCACUCUCUGCUGGCCUCACGUCCGUGAUCUCAUCUGCCUGGACGAUGCCUGCGAUUGCCCCGAAUUCCGUGGCCAUGUUGGAAAUUGCGAAUCGUGAGUCGACCGAUAGCUGUGAGAGGUUACCAGCGACUUCCACCACCCUGUCCAGCGCAACUGUAUUGCGGCCGAACUGCUUGAGCAUCCACAGGAUGACGUCCUUGCCCACUAGCCCACGCUUUAGGGUGCCCGUGAGCUCAAUCAAGACCGUCUCGGGCACCUUGAGCCACGUCUGUCCCGUCACUAGCGGCAUCACCACAUCUGCAGCACCCAUCCCUGCCACACGCAUGCAUAUUGGGACAAUGGGAGAUUAGGAGGGGAAACCAGGGGUCUCGCUUACCCGCAGCCAGUGCGCCAACGCAUCCAUGGGCGCAGCUGUGGCUGUCGGCGCCAACAAUCACAGUGCCUGCAAUAAGCCAUCAUGAAAGGGCGAGCCACGUCUUCUGGUGCAUGUAUGUUUCUUAUCACCUGGUUCAGCGCGCUGCCUAUAGAACUCAGUGUGAAGGAUCGAUUCGUUGGGACCGAAGUAGUCCUGGGGUACCGAUAACAGAGAUGCACAAAUUGGGGUGUCCUGCGCUUCUUACCUCGAGGGCCACUUUGUCAGCAAACUCCUUGCAUGCCUGAAUGCGCUUCUGGAUGACAGGCUCGUGAUAGUUGCUGACGAUACAGGACGUGUACGGAAUCGGAUGCUAGAUGCACGAUGUGCCGUGUGUUUUCCUGUUUCUGCCACCAUACCGUGGGUCGACCGAGUGGUCCACAGCGAGGAAGAACCUGUCGUUCCGCCAAAUGUCGGGAUUGUCAAUCUUCUCCAAGCAUUGUUUCAUCCCAACCCACGUCAGCUCACUCGCCAGCGUACGAGCCACCUUGACAACCACAACCUGACCAGACGUGUCAAUGCAAUGUGUGCCUGCAGGUGCCUCCCUGCUGCUCCGCAGCGGCUGACCUGUCCAGGUUUGACCUCCGGAGAGGUGAGGCCAACCGCUUGGUGGCACAGGAUCUUCUCUGAUAGGGUCAUCGCUCUCAUUCUCCUUUGACCCGACAUUGGCGCAAGCGAUACCGAGGGGCUCAGAAAGCGAGUCAGCUAGGUGAGAAGAAUCAAUCGUUCGGUCGGUUCGGUGGCGAUCUCAGGCAGGUCACAGUUGUGCUCAGAUCUGCAGACAGAGACAAGAACGCAGCCAUUCGGGUUCUCAGUGGUGCUUAGAUCUGCUUCGACCCUCACGUUGGGGUGCACUUGUUCAAUCUCUCUCUCUGGUGCGCAUCAAGACAACGUUUCUUAGGGUGCGGUUCUAUGAAAG